AUGUACUAUACUGACGGUGGUGCCAAAUACGGCCUGCUGACGCUCGCGGUUGGCGUUUCCGCUUGGUUUCUAAUGCCCACUGGACCCACUCAAGCCUCAGGCAUUCUCCGUGGUAAGAACGGUGGGUUCGCUGAGCGAGAGAAACGUAUUGUGGUGCACCGAGUCAUCCGUGACGAUCCCAGCAAGGGCGACAUGCAUAACCGCCAACACAUUACUCCGAAAUGGGUCUCGCUCGCAGUGUUGACAUUGCUGCUUGGUUCUCCGACUGGUGAGCUUACUCUCCUCUUGACUUACACAUUGCUAACCAACAUUGUCUUCCAAGCCCUUCCUAUUCAAGUCAGUUGGAACUUACGCAACUCUAAUACCGUUCGUCUGAGGACAGAGGACAGUCUCGGGAGCUGUUUACAUCAAUCUGCCGGUAUUAUCGCAUCCAAUGUCUACCGCAAAGAUGACGCGCCAAGAUAUCGGGAAGGAAACAAGAAUCUUUUGGCCAUCAUUGCGCUCAACAUCACGUUGUAUUUAUUGACCAGAACCUACUACAUCCGGAGAAACAAGAGCCGGGAUAAGAUUUGGGGCGCCAUGGAUGAUGAACAGAAGAAGCGUUAUCUUGACACCACAAAGGAUGAGAGCAAUAAGCGACUGGACUUUCGGCUCGGUGCCAACUCAGAUAACAGAGGAUAUUUAAACAAUAAGAACUUCAUAUAUGUUUCCCCUUCUACUCCUAGACCAGGCCCGUCAAAGGCUACAUCGCCUCCUCCAGAUCAGAACAUCGAUGAGCCAGAAUGGAUAACAACUUCUCCACCCGAGGACCCGGAGUCUUCUCAACUUGUUGUCAGCCAACGGCAAAUGUCAAUGCCUCCACUAACUCCGUCAGUUGAGUUCUUCGGUCACCUAUCACCCUUGCAUCGAUCAGGCCUGCAGUACUUCACCGAGAGGACCGUCAAAGUUCUUGCGCCACAUCCACAGAUCUUUGAUGAGUUAUGCGAACUCAUCUUACCAAUGGCAGUCUUCAAUGAGCCCUUACUGCAGGGCAUCGUUGCGCUAGCCGCUACUCACCGACUUGCGACUUGCAAAACCAGCGAGGAGCAGUCCUCACAAGCGCUCAUUGUUGCUGGCUUUCAAGCUCUCAGCUCCAGGUCUCUUUGCCAGAAACUUUCGGAGUGUGAUGAGGAUCAACAACUUAUUCCACUGCUGGCUGCAUCAAGAGCGCUCUUCGUUUGCGAAGUCUUCGCCAGCGAGCCCAGUCCGGAUCGAUGGAGCGUUCACUUCCGCGGCGCGCGAGGGCUCAUCUCUAGAAUACAUGACAAGGGCCUUUCACAGAACCCGACAGACGAAUUGCGAUUUUUACUACGAUGGUUCGACAUGACCGAAUCGCUGGUCUGUCACUCGAUGAGUGAUCUCGCCCCUCAACAGUCGACUAUCCCCUCACCAACCACACUCGCAUCAGACACAGAUGACGAGCCUGUGUACAUCGAUAUGUAUCUUGCGCGUACAAAGGACCUCCUUGGAGUGUUCAAAGAGAUCGCGCGAUUAUGCCAUAUCAACAACGAUGGAACAGCGUCUGAGACUUCAUCGCAAGGUGGUCAAGUCGAGGCCGAGGUAUGGUGGCUACUCCACUAUUUACAAUCCAUAAUCGACCGUGAUCAAGCGAAUCCUCCUCCAGUUAUGUCAAUACGCGGCCGCGUCCUAUCUGUUGCUGAAGUCCGCGAAUACCGGUUAUCGAAUCAGAUCUGGCAGCUCACCGGUCUGCUCCUCAUCCACAGACGCUUACGCCACGAGAGAAGGUCGUCACCUCUCGUGCAGAACCUCGUCAAUCAGAUUCUCGAGUGCUCAGAGCGUCUGACACUAAGAGACGGCCUCACGCCGGUCACACUGCUUACUCCACCCUUGUUCUUUGCGGGAUGCGACGCGCUGGGCGAUGAUAGGCCAAGAAUAAAGACUUCAUUACAAGGUGUUUCAACUGCACUUGGGCUUUUGAAUACGCAACGGGCAUUGGAAAUACUCGAACAGUAUUGGAAAGCCGAUCCGGGUGUCGAUGAUGAUGUGGCCGAUCGAUCGUGGCCUAAGAUCAGUCAAUUUCUGCCAUACUAA